GACUACGAGUACAUACUGAAAGGUGAAGGUCAACCAACUAUUGAAUUGACAAUGCAGGGUUGCUCCAAUAUCCCAGGUAAAACUUAAACAUUGUAUUCCCAGCUCUUCAGCUUGAGGAAAAGUCAGACUUUGACCCCCUUGAUACCAAUUCAAAGAUCAUAUAUUUCAAUUGGUGUAUUGUAUGUCCUCAAAAGCUUAUUCUGGAAAGGAAUUCAGCUUAUAUGUGUUAAUUGUAUGAAGUUCAGAUUUACUGUGACUGUUGAAACCCAUACGAGGUUGAUACUCAAGGCUGUCACAGUACAGUUUUCACUAGUGUUAGAGGAUCUGUUGUUGUUAAACCUGAAAAUUUUCUUAAUAGUUCAACAAAUGAGAGCUGUAAGCACAAGUAUCAGAAACUUCAUUCAAGAGAAAAGAUAAUUAGAUUUAUUUCAUCAUGUCUGCGGGAUUUGACCCAAGUGAAGAGUUGACACUCUUUGCUACCUAUGCUACCAUCGUAUUACUCAAGAUGCUCCUGAUGGCGCCAAUGACGGCUUACCAUAGAAUAACCAAAAAUGUGUUUGCCAAUCCUGAGGAUGCGACUGGCCACAGUCAGAAAGACAAGAAAGUAAUCUUUAAUGAUCCUGAUGUUGAAAGAGUCCGAAGAUGCCAUUUGAACGACCUUGAGAACAUAGUACCCUUCUUUGGCCUUGGUCUCCUGUAUGCUCUAGUAUCCGGGGCUUCAUUGACAGUCAUCACCUGGCAUUACCGUGUGUUCGUCAUUUCUCGUAUUCUCCACACCGUGGCUUACAUCGGUGCACUGCCCCAGCCGAGUCGUGGCCUCUGCUUUUUGACUGGUUUGCUAGUCAAUGUUUCAAUGGCAGUACAGAUACUGAGAAAUGCCGCCCAGUUUUAAUCCGGAACAUCCGAUGUUUGCCUUCUUUUCCUAUUUCCUUCUGUAAAACAGUGUAUUCAAACCACUAAUAAAGAGUGACCCUGUAUAAAUGAGUCAUCAAUAGAACUCUUGAAAUUGAAAUGCUUCAUAUCAUUUUUUUGGGGGGGUAAUUCUCAAUUCAUCCUGAUUUUAUAUAGAUGGGAUAGUUAUUAAGCUAUUAUAUACUCCUUUGUACUUAAAAUAUACUAUUCUGUUUAUAUGUCAAGCAAAGUCACAAUGUUGAUAUAGUCUACAAUGAUCGGGAAGUGACAUGAGGCAAAAAUUUUGAGUGCACAACACUGCAUAUGGGGAAAUUUACAAAAGUUUUAAAAAAUGAAUUUUGUAAUAUAUUUUGACCUAGUAAUUGAAAAAUAGUAAGAUUUUUCAACAUGUUCCUCUCCUUUUCAACUGAAGUUUGGUCUUUCUUUGUUGAGAGACAGUGCCCCCAUCAUCCCCAAGGAAUAGAUGUAUUUAUACAUUUAUCUCUUAACUGCUAAUUAAUUGCCUGGUUGUAUUAUUUUGGUGGUCUUGAUUUAUUUAUCGUUUCAUUUCUUUUUAAUAAUAAUAAUAAUACGAAUUUGCUUGUAUAGCACAUAUCACUGUCCAUUGGUGUCUCUAUGCGCUUAAUAAGAAAAUAUACAAAGCAAGUGAGGAUAUAAGCUAUUAUCAUGUAGACUGUCUCAAUCAUAAAACCGCUUAAACAAAUAAGUUUUGAGGCAACUUUUGCCAUGCAGAGCAUGUAGAUGGAAGAAGGGAUCGUAUUCCAAAGUUUUGGGGCAGCAUGACAAAAUGAUCUCUCCCCAUAGAACUUGGUCUGAACAACUGGACACUCAAGCAGAUAACUCUGUUAAGAUCUUUAUGUGAAGGGACAUAUCUUAUUAAGUUCGCACUGAGAUAUUCAGGGGCCAAGGAAUAAAGAAAUUGAUAGGAAUGAAUUAACUUGUAAUGAAUGCAUUUUAUUACAUUUGCCUGCUUGAUUGUUUUCUUGAACUGUUUCAAUGUCUUUUUUUAUUAUUAUUAUGCAUUCAUCCAUUAUUCAUCAAUUGUAAUAUUGAUAAUGCUCAUUUUCUUAAUCCUUUAACCUUCAAACAUGUACAAUAAAAUCUUUAUAAUUUAACUGAAACUUAAAAUAUCAAUAAAUCAAAAUAAGACCUCAUAAAUGACUGUCUACUGUAUUAAUUUUUCAUGGUUACAAAACAAAUAGGGAAUUUGAAUAAAAAUUAUAUCAAAAUCUAUUUUUUUUUGUCUGAUAAAUAGAAAGAUACUGAUGUUGAAGUGGAAUCCGAUCCAAAUAGAAAGGAAUUUCAAAUCAGGCAAAGAAUAAGAAAGUUAAAGAUUUUGAAAAGUUGUUUAGCUGUGGUCAAUAUUCUACGAGAAUUUCAAAUUGGUCACAUAGGGACAAAGGUCAUUUCACUCGUCUAAUGCACAAUAUAAUGUCAUUUAAAAAAUAACUGUUAUUCUGUGUGAUAAUUUCUUUAUGAUGACAAAUACUUGCAUUUCAUUAUUGCCCCAGGGGGGAAAUUGGAAGAGAAAAACAAUGAUUCCUAAAAAUUUUGAACAUGAAAAAGAAAAGUAAUCUCUAUAACUUGUCAGUCUAUUUAUCAAAAUGCCAAGUUGAAAUUAACUUAGUCUAAGGAGGUGUUGCAAUAUAUGUGAUCAAUUGAAAAUUUCAGUUGCAAUUUACAAGUGAUAGAUCAAUUUCAACUAAAUCAAAUCAAUUUUCACUUGUUGAUACAAGAAACAGACAGAGAUCAAUUGCAAAUUUUCAAUUGAUCUCAAGACUUAUGAUUGAUUUUGGAACCUAAAAUCAACUUUAAUAAGUUUCUUGCAACACCCCAUUAGUAGUUAUAUCAGGGUUUUUUUUUCAUAUUCCUUGUCUUAUUUCUUUCUAACUUUAAACACUGUUAUUUUUAUGGUUUCACAUAAAUAAUUUCAUUACUAAAGCUUUGAUUCCACUUUUAUAAGUCUAGUGACCUCCAAUUGUAUGGAGAAUUCCAUGGAAUAAAGGAUUUUUUUUGUUAAAGGCUUACAUUAUAAACUUCAAUAAGAAUGCUUGAUAUACACUGGUUUUAUUUC